AGACCGGUUGUGUGAGUUGGAGCUCGGCGUUAAGCUGGCUAGCUGGCACGGGCUGGUUGGUCCUUCGGUUGAUGGUAGCCAUGGCUCGAGUUGCUGCGCUGUUGCUUUUGCCGGUUCUCAUUGAAUCGGUCUUUUCAAUCUCAUUCUUUUUGCCGGUGAACACCAGAAAGUGUUUACGAGAGGAGAUCCACAAAGACGUCCUGGUGACGGGAGAGUAUGAAAUCAGCGAGCAGGCGAACACCAAAACUAACCUGAAGAUCACAGACUCUUCCAGCCACACUCUGUACUCCAAGGAAGAUGCAACAAAGGGAAAGUUUGCGUUCACCACGGAGGACUACGACAUGUUUGAAGUUUGCUUUGAAAGUAAAUCGCCCAUGGGAACUGGAAGAGUGCCGGACCAGCUGGUCAAUCUGGACAUGAAACAUGGUGUGGAGGCCAAAAACUAUGAAGAGAUCGCAAAAGUGGAGAAACUGAAACCUCUUGAAGUUGAGCUGAGGCGGCUGGAAGACCUGUCGGAGUCCAUCGUGAACGACUUUGCUUAUAUGAAGAAGAGAGAGGAGGAGAUGCGGGACACCAACGAGUCCACAAACACACGCGUGCUGUACUUCAGUAUAUUCUCCAUGUGCUGUCUCAUUGGACUGGCUACAUGGCAGGUCUUCUACCUGCGGCGCUUCUUCAAGGCAAAGAAGCUGAUCGAGUAGAUCCAGUCCCCUGGCUCCUGCCUGCCAGUCAGCAAACACAUCCCAGCAUCCACCCUUCUUGGACUAGCUUCAACAAAACAGCAAGCGGGGUUGAGGGGCUCUAGUUUUUAAGGUUGAGUGUGUCAAGGUUUUCUCGAUGGGGAGGAAUCUGCUUGUUUAGUAGCUGGAAUCACUAAAAGCUCUGCAGACAGAGACAUGGCUCGCUGCGUUUCUCUCUGUAUUGCUUUUAUUGCUGCAGCUCACUGAAUUAGAUCUUGUUCCUUCGAUCAGUUCGAUAGCUUUUUUUAUUAUUAUUUGGAGCUCGGUUUGAGUGGAUGUGCCAUGACUGAAUGUUUCUGCCCUUCUGUUGGAAUAUGUUCUUUGCCACGCCACACAAACUAGAUCCUCGGUGCCCUUUUCUCAAGCGGAGCCUCUUUGAAAAUAUGGUUUGUUGUUACUUUAAAAUGAUUGGCAACCACUGAAGCUUUGUAUUGUGUCACCUAAAUAACAUACAUGUAUUUAACAGUAUAUUUAGUUUAUUUUUCACAAUGUAAUUGCCACUUAGUUGCUUUUACUGGUAUCUUUUCUGUUGUGGAGGGUUUCUGUUCUGGUUAUUUUCUUCAAUGGAAAACCUUUUUUUUUUCUAAUUCUUAUUUUUUCUUUUUUUUGGGGCGCUCUUGCGUUUUCAGGUUGUUUCUGGAACAAAUCCUGUUUUCACUCCCACGUAAUUUCUAUGAUACAUUUAUGCAAGUUUCUCUUGUUAGAACUUAGGGGUCAGAGGUUGUGACAAGAAAUGAAAAGUUGUCCGAACAUUUGUUCUUUCGCUUUACAUUCUUUGUUUCAUUAUACAUGUGAAGUUUUCAGAUUCAGUUCCCAGUAACUAUCCUUGCAGAUCCAUCCAGUGUUCUUGGUUUGAUUUUUUUUUUCUUUACAAACGUUUGAGGCUAGUGGGUUGUUGAUGGUAGAAGUGGGCGUAAAUGUGGGUUGUUGCAGAUAAUUUUUUUUUUUUUGGUCGGGGAAUAAUUGAGGCUGUCCUGGUACAGUUUUAACAAUGAAACCUGCGCAUUCAGCGCAGUCAGUGAUUUUUAUGUUAUAAAUUUUUGUAAAUUUGUGUUGGACUUUUAUUCAAUAAAAUAUUGGAUGGAUUUACAUGAGUUA